AUGCAACGGUUCACCGACCUCUCCAUAGAAGACACUAUGGAAGAUGAUGAUGAGCACUAUUUUCCAAAUGCUGGCUCUUCGGCUCGUCCCGGCUCGACUGAUGCCUUAUCGCAAGACCGUCUUAAUCUAUAUGACUAUGCAAGGGUAGGGUCCCAGCAGUACCUUACAUUGGACCAAAACCUGUCAAUAUCGAAGAUUUCUACAGACUCGCUUUCAAAUACUGAAUACGAUGCUCUGGGAAUCCGGCCUGUGGCUUCUGACCGCCCGCUUUUCUCUGGAUCAAAGCCAGGUAAGGAGGAUGAUAAGAGAUAUGUUCGUGGGUCAAAGGUGUGUUUGGCUAUUUCCAUUAUUUCGGCAUUGCUUGUGGUGGGCCUCGAAGGGUUCAUGUAUGGCGUGAUCAACGUUCACAGAGACAAGUUCCGUUCAAAUGCAAGGUACUUGGAGAUGUCUAUAUUCCUUGCACUUUUCAUCUUUGCUGGAAUAUACCAGGUGGUGGUGACUAUAAUUGCCCAGCACACGAAGAACAUGUUAUUAUUUUCGUUUUUGUGCUUGUUCUAUGCUACUAUGGUGAUCUAUACGGGCAUCCAAUAUAAGGAGUUGUCUACAAAUCUCGAGUCGGUAUCGUCUCCAGCUUGGAGAGCGGCUGCAAAAGGAACAAAUAUCGCCGCUAUUGCAGUCUUGGGGGUCACAUUUGUCUUGCAGCUGGUCUUGAUCUACUUUGUGCUAAACAGAAGUGUCCAGUGGUUCAAGUUCAAGAAGAUUGGCGCCUCAAUCGCUAUUAAGCGCAUGUACACGGUUUUUCAGAUCCACAGAAGUCUUUUAAUAUUCGACCUUUUCUUCUUCUUAGGUUUCACUGUCCAAUUUAUUGUGGUGAUGGUUUCCGACAAGACUUCCUUGGAGUUCAUACUCACUUGCUGCAUGCUCCCAUUAACGCUUUUGAUUCUCUUCCUUGCAGACUACGCUGCAACGAGAGAACUACUUUGGCUCAGCCUUUUCACGCUUUGCUGUCUUAUCGGCGGCGUUGUUUACGUCCUUUUCAAGACUAUUCGGCUAUUCACAAAGUACACUUCUGCCUACAACAUAGCAGUUGAGCCAGGCUCGUAUUUCCCUGGCAGAACCUCGAUGGUGACCUUCGCUGUGAUCACACUCGUCUUCCUUUUUGUCACAAUCGCCUUUGAGUGCUGGCUGGUAUGGAACUACAACCACGGCCUACUCAGUUCGGUGAACACCUACUACAGCAAACUCCCACUUUCGGGCACCAAGGACACGGAACCCGAAAAGAAUGACGGAGAAUCCAUUCUAAUUGACUAA